AUAAGAAAGUAUAAUCCUCUUGCAACAAUCAUUAAUGACAUUUUAGUAGAUUUACCUUCCCCAUCAAACAUAAGCUACCUAUGAAACUUCGGUUCUCUAUUAGGGUUAUGUUUAGUUAUACAAAUACUAACGGGAAUAUUUUUAUCUAUGCACUAUUGCGCUGAUACCAGUAUAGCUUUUUCUUCUGUUGCACAUAUUAUGCGAGAUGUUAAUUACGGUUUUAUUUUAAAAUAUGCCCAUGCCAAUGGAGCAUCUUUAUUUUUCUUAUGUGUGUAUAUGCAUAUAGGAAGAGGCCUUUAUUACGGUAGCUUUAUGAAAAAGGAACUUUGAUUUUCAGGGGUUACCAUCUAUUUAUUAAUGAUGGGAACAGCAUUUAUAGGAUAUGUACUUCCAUGAGGGCAAAUGUCCUUUUGGGGAGCUACUGUGAUAACAAACCUAGUUUCUGCAAUCCCCUACAUAGGUAACGAUAUAGUUCAAUGAUUAUGGGGAGGAUUUAGUGUAUCUAAUUCCACUUUAAAUAGAUUUUUUAGUCUACACUAUUUGCUUCCUUUCCUGCUUGCAGGAUUAGGCGCUGCCCAUCUAAUUUUAUUACAUGCCCAUGGAUCUUCUAAUCCUAUAGGAGUAAAAUCAGAUGUAGAUAAAAUCCCUUUCCAUUCAUACUUUUCAUUCAAGGAUAUUUAUGGUAUAUUACUUUUAACAAUAUUAUUAAUAGUACUUAUAUUUUUUGUACCUAACAUACUUGGCGACACAGAAAACUAUAUACAAGCAAACCCUUUGGUAACACCAGUUCAUAUACAACCAGAAUGGUAUUUUUUAUUUGCUUAUGCUAUUUUAAGGUCUAUUCCCGAUAAAUUAGGGGGAGUAGUAGCUAUGUUAGCAAGUAUUUUAGUGUUAUAUGCUUUACCUUUCUUGAACAUAGGUUUACAAAGAACUAACUCCUUUAGACCUUUUUCAAAAUUAUUUUAUUGAAUUUUUAUAGGUAAUUUCAUACUAUUAACUUGAAUAGGAUCUCAACCAGUUGAAGACCCCUAUAUAUUAAUAGGUCAAAUUUCUACAGUGAUAUAUUUUUCUUACUUUAUAGCUUUGAUUCCUAUUGCAAGUUGAGUAGAUAAUAGAACUCUGUUCAAAUCAUAG